AUGCUGCUCAAGACCGUCCUCUCCGCCGCGGCGGCGGCGGUGCAGAUGGCGGCGGCGCAGGAGCUGAUGCGGUUCGGGUGCUCGCAGCUGAGCAUCGACCGGAUCGACCCGCUGGUGGAGCCGGGCAACCUGCCGUCGGCACACAUGCACCAGCUGAUCGGCGGUAACUCGCUCAACGCCAGCAUGCCCUCGGUCGCGUACGACCCGCCCGUCGUCUCGACCUGCACCAGCUGCACCUACUCCGAGGACUUCUCCAACUACUGGACCGCCAACCUCUACUUCCGCGCCCGCAACGGCUCCUACAAGCGCGUCCCCCAGUUCGCCAACCUCGGCCUCGCCGUCAAGGGCGGCAUGACCGUCUACUACAUCCGCGGCUACCAGUCCAGCGCCAAGGUCACCGCCUUCCCGCCCGGCUUCCGCAUGCUCGUCGGCGACCCGAUGAACCGGCAGGCGAGCACGAUGCAGAAGGGGCUGUGCUACCGGUGCGAGGCGAACAUGCAGCAGAACCCGUUCGGCGGCGCGCCGUGCACGGGGCAGGACACGCAGGCGUUCCCGGCGCAGGCCUGCGGCGGCGGCUGGCGCGUCACCGUCCACUUCCCGACCUGCUGGGACGGCAAGAACCUCGACUCCCCCGACCACAAGUCCCACGUCGCCUACCCGGCCUCCGGCACCUUCGAGACCGGCGGCGCCUGCCCCACCACCCACCCCGUCAAGGUCCCCCAGAUCAUGUACGAGAUCAUGUUUGACACCCGCGCCUUCAACAACCGCGCCGACUGGCCCGCCGACGGCUCCCAGCCCUUCGUCUGGAGCAUGAACGACACCACCGGCUACGGCCUCCACGGCGACUACCUCUUCGGCUGGCAGGGCGACGCCCUCCAGCGCGCCAUGGACGGCAAGUGCGCCGGCGACCGCUGCGCCCCCCUCAAGCGCCAGACCGACCAGGCCGCCAUCGACUGCGUCAACCGCCAGCUCGUCAAGGAGGACAUCGGUGACGGCUGGCUCGACCACCUCCCCGGCUGGGCGUAGAGGACGUGCUAUCAUUGGCUUGUGUAGGUCAGAGAGAGGAAAGGGAAAAGGGGGAAGGAGGGCGCUACAGCGGGCUUGCCAGACUCUCACCUCUGCCUCCCCGUCCCCUUUAUGAGUCGUAUUUCUUUUUUUGUUGCCCCUAUCGGAUAUGCACUCUUCUACCAUAACUCUCUUCACCAUCUGUUAGAACAAUUAAACCACUCCCGUAUAGUCCCCUGACCUAAGCUGCACCGGUGACGUCGACAUAUUAAAGUGGCGACAAUCUAAGGCAGCCCGCAUUGCAUGUAUC